UGGACACAAUGUCGACAACGAAGAGGUCGUCGUCAACCGAUUCGAGUAAUUCGAGUUCAAGUAAUCCGUCGACACAUUCAUCGAGUGUACCGCCGAAGAAGCGGCAGAGAGUGGUCGCCGAACAGCCAAGACUUGUGGUCGCGUCCGGCGAAGAGCUUGACAUUGGCGUCUUGAGGUAUCAAAACAAACGAUUAGCCGAACGAUUACAACAGAGGCAACGACUGGAAGCGGAUCUAAAGUCACGGAUUGAACAGUUGGAGAAGAAGCAGACCAGCGAUGAAGUGAUCACUUAUGUUAUCAAUAGGUAUUGGAAUCAAUUGAACGAAGAUUUAAGGGUUUUGUUGCUUCGCUUCGACGCCGAGACCAGCGAUGAGACGGAGAAUAAGAAUGAAAACGAAGAGACGACCAGUUUUUUGAGACAACUUUCCAAUUGGGAUAAAGAAGAGAUGGACGAGAAU